CCCGACAUCGCGCCACUCGGGUUGGUUCUGUGUCAGUGGUUGCUGGGAAAAGUCCUAAAGGCGGAGGGGUGUGCUUCAUACUGUCACUGUUUUCAGAAAGUCUCCAGUGCGAGUUGCAACGUUUCAGUGAAUCAAAAUAAAGAGGAGAAGAAAAAAGAAAAUGAAGCCGUCAGCCGACAUCAGAACGAUCUAGAGAGUGAGCCAAACUUCAUAGAAGACAGACUGAAGCUUUAUGAGGCACUGAAAAAAGAACACGAUGCUUUGCUAGCUUACAGAGCCGCCAAUGAGAGCAAGCCGAUCAAAAUUACUCUGACAGAUGGGAAGACGACUGAAGGGGAAUCUUGGAAAACAACACCGUAUCAGUUGGCUGCAGGAGUCAGCCAAGGGUUGGCUUCAAACGCAGUCAUAGCCAAAGUGAAUGGUGAACUGUGGGACCUGGAUCGUCCGCUGGAGGGAGAUUGUACUCUGGAGCUGCUGACAUUUGACAACGAGGAAGCAAAAGCUGUUUAUUGGCAUUCAAGUGCUCAUAUUCUUGGAGAGGCCAUGGAAGGUUAUUUUGGGGGCUGCUUAUGCUACGGACCACCAAUUGAGAACGGAUUUUAUUAUGACAUGUAUAUUGAAGAUAGAGGUGUAUCUAGUAAUGAAUUCCCACUACUAGAGAAUCGUUGUAAAAAUAUCAUAAAAGAGAAGCAAGCUUUUGAAAGACUGGAAGUCAAAAAGGAGAUCCUGUUAGACAUGUUUAAGUAUAACAAGUUCAAGUGUCGUAUCCUUAAUGAGAAGGUAAACACAGCAACUACCACAAUAUACAGAUGUGGUCCACUGAUUGAUCUCUGCAGGGGUCCCCAUGUGAGACACACUGGAAAAAUUAAGGCCCUUAAAAUACUGAAGAAUUCAUCUACGUAUUGGGAAGGAAAAUCUGACAUGGAAACUCUGCAGAGAAUAUAUGGAAUAUCCUUUCCUGAUAACAAAAUGAUGAAGGAAUGGGAAAAAUUCCAAGAAGAAGCCAGAAACCGGGACCAUAGGAAGAUUGGAAAGGAACAAGAACUCUUCUUCUUUCAUGAUUUAAGUCCUGGAAGCUGCUUUUUCCUCCCCAGAGGUGCCUUUCUUUAUAACACCCUUGUGGAUUUCAUACGAGAGGAGUAUCGCAGGCGUAAUUUCACUGAAGUUGUAUCUCCUAACAUCUUCAACAGUAAACUCUGGGAAGCUUCAGGACAUUGGCAGCACUACAGUGAAAAUAUGUUCUCUUUUGAGAUUGAGAAGGAGACUUUUGCGCUUAAACCGAUGAAUUGUCCAGGACAUUGCUUGAUGUUUGCCCAUCGUCCACGGUCCUGGAGGGAAAUGCCUCUUAGACUCGCAGAUUUUGGAGUUCUUCACCGAAAUGAACUCUCUGGGACUUUAAGUGGCUUGACUCGUGUCAGGCGCUUCCAACAAGAUGAUGCUCACAUUUUCUGCAUGAUAGAACAGAUUGAAGAUGAAAUUAAGGGCUGUCUUGAUUUCUUGAAGUCAGUGUAUGCUGUCUUUGGUUUUACCUUUCAACUACAUCUUUCUACACGACCAGAAAAUUACCUAGGAGAGUUAGAGAUCUGGAAUCAUGCAGAAAAGCAACUUCAGAACAGCCUGAAUAACUUUGGAGAGCAAUGGAGUUUGAAUCCAGGAGAUGGAGCAUUUUAUGGUCCUAAGAUUGAUAUUAAAAUCAAAGAUGCCAUUGGCAGGUACCAUCAGUGCGCAACUAUCCAGCUGGACUUUCAACUACCCAUUCGAUUUAACCUUACUUAUGUUGGUAAGGAUGGCGAUGAUAAGAAAAGGCCGGUGAUUAUUCACAGAGCUAUUCUGGGAUCUGUGGAGAGAAUGAUAGCUAUUCUAGCAGAAAAUUAUGGAGGAAAAUG